AUGCUACAAGCCACAGCCUCAGGCCUUCUGGGCCCCGUCAUCGCACUCAACGCAUGGACACUCGCAAUGGAAGUCUGGAUGUACGCGGUCAACAUCCCCAUCAUGGAGAAGCUGAAACCCGAAAACACCAUCACGAAGAGCCAGCUCGACGCCCAGAUUCCGGCACCCGCACGUUGGAAACGGGAUAACUACAACCAUUUGAUGGAACAACCGACCCAAUUCUACGCCCUCAGCCUUACGUUGGCGGUUGCCCGUGGAGGCCAGAUUGAGGAUGUGGAUGUUCUCCUCGCCUGGAUGUAUACUGGCACGCGCAUACUGCAUAGUUUGGUGCACGCCACGAGUAAUAAGAUCAUGGUUCGAUUCAGCUUAUUUGUGUUUUCGUCGGUGCUUCUGGCAAUUAUGACUGCCAGGGGUGCAGCAUUGGUGUUUUUGUAA